AUGUGCGCCGCCGCGGCAGUGGCAGCGCCGCCGCCGCCAGAAUCCAGCUGGCCCGCUGCCGCCGCUCCCCCGCCCGCAGCGGCGCCCGCCUGCGGCGCGGCGGCCCUGGCGCGCGGGCCCCCGCGGCAGGCAGCACCGCCGCCGAGGACGAAGGUCUACACCCUCUUCCAGCGGCCCGUCCGCGUGUGCGACGGCGACCCCGCGCUGUCCAACACGGGCUGGCGCACCUGGGCGGGCGCGUGGCUCGCGGCCAGGCACCUGGAGGGGGAGCUGGCCUGCGGCGCCGCGGGCGCCGGGGCCCUGCGCUUCCUGGACCUGUCGUGCGGCACCGGGCUGGCGGGGCUGUCGCUGGCGCUCGCGGGCCACGAGGCCGUGCUCUGCGACCUGGACGUCAACGUGCCGACGAUCCGCGCCAACCUGGUGCUCAAUGGACUUGACCAGCCAACCGCAGUAGAUGGCGACGGCGGUUCCAGGGCCCCGCCCGCUGGCGAGGACUCGUGCGUCGCUUGCUGUGGGAGAGGCGGCUCAGCCCACGUGGUCAGCUACGCGUGGGGCGCACCGUUGCCUGAGGAGAUGAGGCGGCCGUUCGAUGUGGUGCUGUGCGGAGAUCUGCUGUACCACGUUUGGAAUGGCAGGCUCCAGUGCGAGUUCCUAGCCACGCUGCAGGACAUCCACCGCAGACGAGUGGAGGGCGCCGAGUGCGAGCUGCUAUUCGCAUUCCAGGUGCGCAGCGGGCGGCAGGAGCAGCGCGUGCUGGAGGAGGUUGCCAGGCGGCUGGGGCUCGUCCAGGAGGAGCUCGAGGUGCCCGCCUCCGAGCCCGGGGCCCCGCUGGUGGAGCACGCGAGGUACCGCGUGGCGCGCCUGCGAGGCCCCCGCGGCGGGGAGCAGCCCGGAGACUGCGUGGCGGCGGCCCCCCGCGCGCCGCGGGCGGAGGCCGAGAAAAAAAGCGUCGGAGGCGGCAGCGGCCACCUGCGGUGCGCGCGCGCGCCCCGGCUGCUGUCGCACUCGGCGCAGCUGCCGGAAGACCUUCUGCGGCCGGGCGAACGCCGGGAACCGACGGAGCCGGCCAAGCAAGCAGGAAGCUGCAGGGAGGGAGAGGCUGUGGGCGCCGCGCCAGGCGACGGGCGCGCCCGGCGCGCGGCCAAGGCCACCUCUGCGACGCCCUCCUCCUCGCGGGCUGCCAGCGCCAAGAGGAGGCCCGUGGCCUCGGCCGCCAGCGGCACCACCGCGGCGGCCCUGGCCGCGGUGGCGGACCUGGAGACGCCCGAGAAGGAGGCGCACCCGGAGGCGCCGCGCCGGCGGCUGGCGGGCAAGCGGCCCCUGCCGGCCGCCGAGGCGCCGCUGGGGGACGGCAGCCUGGAGCUCGCCCUGGCGCCCAAGAGGACUGCCGGCCCCGCGGCGGUGGCGCCCGGGCCCGCGCCUGCGCGCCCAGACCACCGGUCCUGCGCCAUGGCGGCAGGCAUGGGCAAGAGGAGCAUCCUGCAGAAGAUCCGCGCCUCGGAGUUCCAGAGCAGCACCAAGAUAGAGGCGCUCGUGGACGAGAUCGGCAAGAUGAUGGACAGCGACAGGGCAAACAAGGCGAUCGUCUUCUCGCAGUUCGGCGCUAUGUUGGAGCUCGUUGAGUUCCGGCUGAAGCGCGCCGGGAUUGCCUGCGUGGUGUUGCGCGGAGGCAUGUCGAUCCAGGCCAGGGUCGAUUCCAUCACGGCGUUCAACACGGAUCCGCACCUCAGGGUGAUCCUCAUCUCGCUCAAGGCGGGCGGCGAGGGCCUCAACCUGCAGGUCGCCAACCACGUCUUCUUGCUCGACCCGUGGUGGAACCCAGCCUGCGAGUUGCAGGCCAUCCAGCGGGCCCACCGGAUCGGCCAGACGCGAGAGGUGCGGGCGGUGCGCUUCAUCACGACAGGGACGGUCGAGGAGAAGAUCAUCGCGCUGCAGGAGAAGAAACAGCUGGUCUUCGACGGCGCCAUCGACAACUCGGCCGCCGCCAUCUCGAAGCUCACGGAGCAAGACCUCAGAUUCCUCUUCCAGCACUGA